GGCGGCGGCGGCGGCGCUGGUGGCGGCGGUGGCUGAGGGAGCUGCGCGGAGCGAGGCGUUGGGCGUCCCAUCUUCGGCGAGGUUGGCCCGGGCUUCGGCUCAUGGCAGCGAGCGGCGUCCAUCGUUGAGAUCAUUAACUGAAGACCAAAUAAGUAGCUAUGCAAAAUUCUCACAUGGAUGAGUACAGAAACUCUGAUAAUGGCAGCACAGGCAACAGCUCAGAGGUAGUGGUAGAACAUCCAGAUUUUAGUACUGAGAUCAUGAAUGUUACGGAGAUGGAACAGUCACCUGAUGGCUCUCCCAGCGUGAAUGCAUCCACAGAAGAAAAUGAAAUGGCAAGUGCUGCGGACCUUCCAGUGACAGAAACAGAAGGAAACUUCCCUCCAGAAUUUGAGAAAUUUUGGAAAACAGUAGAAACUAAUCCUCAGGAUUUUACAGGCUGGGUAUAUUUGCUUCAGUACAUAGAACAGGAGAAUCACUUGAUGGCUGCCAGGAAAGCAUUUGACAAAUUUUUCAUACACUACCCGUAUUGCUAUGGUUACUGGAAAAAGUAUGCAGACCUUGAAAAGCGACAUGACAACAUUAAACAAUCAGAUGAGGUUUAUCGACGGGGGCUUCAGGCAAUACCUCUUAGUGUUGACCUUUGGAUACAUUAUAUAAACUUCUUAAAAGAAACAUUGGACCCUGGUGAUCCUGAGACGAACAAUACAAUAAGAGGAACUUUUGAGCAUGCUGUUCUAGCUGCAGGAACAGAUUUUCGAUCUGACAAACUAUGGGAAAUGUAUAUAAACUGGGAAAAUGAACAGGGAAAUCUGAGAGAAGUUACAGCUGUGUAUGAUCGGAUUCUUGGUAUUCCAACACAGCUGUACAGUCAUCAUUUUCAGAGAUUUAAAGAACAUGUACAGAAUAACUUGCCUAGAGAUCUUUUAACUGGUGAACAGUUCAUUCAGUUGAGAAGGGAAUUAGCUUCUGUAAAUGGACACAGUGGUGAUGAUGGACCUCCUGGUGAUGACCUUCCAUCAGGAAUUGAAGACAUAACUGACCCAGCAAAGCUAAUUACUGAAAUAGAAAACAUGAGACAUAGAAUCAUUGAAAUUCAUCAAGAAAUGUUUAAUUAUAAUGAGCAUGAAGUUAGUAAGAGGUGGACAUUUGAAGAAGGUAUUAAAAGACCUUAUUUUCAUGUGAAACCUUUGGAAAAGGCCCAACUAAAAAACUGGAAAGAAUACUUAGAAUUCGAAAUUGAAAAUGGGACUCAUGAAAGAGUUGUGGUUCUCUUUGAAAGAUGUGUCAUAUCUUGUGCCCUCUAUGAGGAGUUUUGGAUUAAGUAUGCCAAGUACAUGGAAAACCAUAGCAUUGAAGGAGUAAGGCAUGUCUUCAGCAGAGCUUGUACUGUUCAUCUUCCAAAGAAACCCAUGGCACAUAUGCUUUGGGCAGCUUUUGAGGAACAGCAGGGGAACAUUAACGAAGCCAGGACUAUCUUGAGAACGUUUGAAGAAUGUGUUCUAGGACUGGCAAUGGUUCGAUUGAGAAGAGUAAGUUUAGAACGACGGCAUGGAAAUAUGGACGAAGCUGAACAUUUGCUUCAAGAUGCUAUAAAGAAUGCCAAGUCAAAUAACGAGUCAUCAUUUUAUGCUAUUAAACUAGCCCGGCAUCUUUUCAAAAUACAAAAAAAUCUUCCAAAAUCAAGAAAGGUACUUUUGGAAGCAAUCGAAAGAGAUAAGGAGAACACAAAGUUAUACCUCAAUUUACUUGAAAUGGAAUACAGUUGUGAUCUCAAACAAAAUGAAGAAAGUAUCCUCAAUUGCUUUGACAAGGCCAUUCAUGGUUCAUUGCCUAUUAAAAUGAGAAUUACAUUUUCUCAGAGAAAAGUGGAAUUCCUUGAAGAUUUUGGUUCAGAUGUUAAUAAGCUUCUGAAUGCAUAUGAUGAACAUCAAACACUCCUAAAGGAACAGGAUUCCUUAAAAAGGAAAGCUGAAAAUGGUUCAGAAGAACCAGAAGAAAAGAAAGCACACACAGAAGAUAUGUCAUCAGCACAAAUCAUUGAUGGGGAUUUACAGGCAAAUCAAGCUGCAUAUAAUUACAGUGCCUGGUAUCAGUAUAAUUAUCAGAAUCCUUGGAAUUAUGGACAGUAUUAUCCUCCACCUCCAACCUGAUGGAAAAAAUGUAAAUUUCAGAUUGGUUAUAUGAGAAAUGUGGAAUUAUUUUUUUUGAAGGAUGUAAACAUAGCAUAAACUUGUUGUAUUUGAUAAUUUGUCUUCCCAGUUUCUGUGUAACAUUUGUUUAGGUAAUAGUAGAAAAUGUCAAUUAGUAGUGUACCAUAGAAACUUUCCUACCAUUUUUAAAAUUUACUUUUUAUUGGAGAACUAUUUUUUUUAAUUUUUAUUUUAUUUACUUAAGUGGUCUAGAAUUCUUUUGCAGCUCACGCAAGAGAUUUGUAGCCUUAAGUGUAGGGAAAAAGACUGACUGCAAAUCAUGUCAGUUACAAGAUUCUGGGAAAAAAAAUAAGGGCUGGUUAUUGAGAAUUUUAUCUCCUUAAAAACAGAUUUAAAAGAAAGAUUUUUAACCUCAAAUGCUAAGGUUGUCUCUGUGUUUCAGUUAUACUUGGAAAUUUGGCUCUAAUUGCAAGAAAGAUGAACUAUUAACAUGCUCUGCCUUGGAAUAGAUUAUAAAUGAGAAAGUGUAAUGAGAAAGUCAGCAUCCCCUUAAGAAAUGAAAUACCAGAGUAUGUUUUGGGAGACUCUGUAUCGAGCAUAUUCAUGUAAAACUUGCGAGCAAGCUUUCAUUUUGAUCAAACUUAUCGUCAUUUUUGUAAUAAAAGUGAAGACUCAUGCAGCAAUUGUUUAUGAAUUCAUUUGUGGGAGGUACACACCAAAUACAGAUUAACAUUGCUUUGAAGUAAGCUUUUUCUACAUUUAUUAUCUUCCUACCAGAAUGUUGUAUUUACUUUGAUUUUCUGCUUCAAGUUCUAUGCCUUUGACCUUUCACCAUGGAAUAAUAUUUUUAAAAUGUCCUGGACAAAGAUAGCCACCUUGAUUAUUUGGAUGGACUCCCAAGUCCUGCUUAACCUAAUCCGAACAUUAAUACAGCAACACAAAGUCUAAUCAAGACAGUCCAUGACAUUUUUAUUGAGCCUUUUAGUUUACAAUAUGAGGUAAAAGGAAAAGCAGUUCUCUUUAAUAUUUUACACAGCUAUAGUAAAAUAUCUGAGACUUAAAGGGACUUCCAGGGGGUUACAUUUCUCAAAAAUUGAGAUCAAGUAAACAAGCUUUAACUCCUUGAAUUUUCCAGUUGACUCUUCCCUUAAAAUAGUAACAAGCUCUAUUUAGUCACAUUAAGUUUCAAGGCCAAGUUUUUAUUGUUGAUGUCUUCUGAAGCACUGGUUUCAGUCAAUAUCUACUAAUUCUACUUCAAAAAUGAGUUUGGCAUUUGGUGGAAUUCUGUGGGAAAUGGUCAAGGUAAAACUGAUGAAAAGUGCCUCUCCCCCAACCACUAACUAUAGCAUAAUACUAGAAUUGUGAAAUCUGGCUAUUAGUAAUUUAAGCUCAAAAGAAAGCGUGUUGGUGUGGCAGCACACCCCUAAGCCUCAACAUUUGUGUGCUGGAGACAGAAAUACUUACAGGGUAGCCCAGAGAGAGUGUCCCAAUAAAUUUAAGAAGAGAUUUUUCUUUGACUCAGAGGCUGGCUUGAGUUUCCUAAAAGUAUCCUUAGUGAUCAAAAGAAAGCAAUCACAAAAGUUGAGUUUCAACAGUAUUAUUCUUACCUGAAUGCCUCACUAAUGCUACUGAAUUAGCCACUAUCUUAUGCUUUCACAUGAGAUGAAGCUGCAGGCAAUCUGAAAUGAAUUUAACUUUUUUAAGACUACAGAGAUGACUUCCAACUUUAACCUCAACUUUAACUUCCAACUUUAACCUUUAAUAUCAAAACUAGUUUUGCCAACAAGAAUGGAAUCAGCACCUAAAAAUUACUUCCCACUUAACUAUUGGAUUAAAGUCUUAAAUGGUCUACAAUCAUUGCCUUUCUGCUUUUUGUAAAUGUUGACAAACCAGUUUGUCAUAGAAGUACUGUAAUUAUUAAUAAAUGCUUACUAACAUUA